AUGACAACGAAACAUCUACUAACAUGUUUGAUACUUUAUGCAUAUCUUUUCCAGUUCGGGUCCAGCUGCUUCUGGUUCACCCGAGUCCAAGUUAAUAUAGACAAUGACAUAAAUACCCCUUCGACUCCAUUGCUCGUCCACUGUAUGUCCAAAGACGACGAUCUCGGAACACAUACGUUGAAUUACGAGCAAGGGUUUCGCAUUGUUUUUUGCCUGAAACCUUUCUCAACUUUGUUUCAUUGCCGGUUUCAAUGGGGCGAUAAGGGCAAGUCCUUUGAUGCAUACAAGGCUUCAUGGUGGUAUGGAAAGCCUUGUUAUGAUCAUUAUUGCUAUUGGGUAGCAAAAACUGAUGGCAUUUAUUUGUCCUCUAAGAAAAGAUUUGAUUGGGACUGCUUCUGGUUCACUCGAGUCCAGAUUGAUAUAUACAAUGACAUCAAUACCCCUUCAACACCGUUACUCGUGCACUGCAUGUCCAAAGAUGACGAUCUCGGAACACAUACGCUGAAUUACAAGCAAGAGUUUCGCAUCGUUUUUUGCUUGAAACCUUUCUCGACUUUGUUUCAUUGCCGGUUUCAAUGGGGUGAUAAGGGCAAGUCCUUUGAUGCAUACAAGGCUUCAUGGUGGUAUGGAAAGCCUUGUAUUGAUCAUCAUUGCUAUUGGGUAGCAGAAACUGAUGGGAUUUACUUGUCCUUUAAGAAAAGAUUUGAUUGGGAGUAA